AUGGUUCUGCCGCACUCAGGCACCAAUAUCAUCGUCCCCCUCGUCAAUGUUUUCCUCACACUGCAGCUCAUUGGUGCUUGCGGACUAGUCGCCAUCCUGCUUACUGCCAUCAUAUCGAAACGCGUCAAAAGAAAUGCGACCUGGUACAACUUUAUCGCCACCUGGAUCCUCUCCUGUCUCUCGUACACUUUCGUCUUCAUCAUUGGACAACAGUACACCCCAAAUUUUGGACCGUGUCUAGUCCAGGCGGGAGCAAUCUAUGGAGCACCCGUUGUGACGAGUUGCGCAACGCUUGCAUUCGCUGUUGAUAUGUUCCUUGGAGUGCGCGCGACAGCGAUCCAGAAGCCCAGCCAGCGUCGACGUUACCUCACGAUAUCGCUGGUCGUUCUGCCGUUUGCAAUUUGGCUGGGCUUUGUCCUGCCGUUGUGGGUGUUUGGUGCACAAAACCCCACUGAAGUCCGCAUAGGCCCGAAUGGAACAUAUUGUGAUUUCGAGUCCAAUAUUCCGUCGAAAGUCAGCAGCGCCAUUUCUGUUGUGUCGACUUUCUCCCUUCUCCUCAUCGAGGGCUACAUUGCUACCCGGCUGAUCAAAAACCGCAAUCUUCUGAAGGACAGACAAUUAGUCCGCAUGGCCGUGCGGGUUAUCCUGUUCAGUCUUCUUGGUGCUUUGAGUCUUGGAAUUGGUGUCGCCUAUGUCCUGUACUCAAUCCCAGGCUCCAGCUUCGACGUGAUCAUGUCGACCCUUCCCGUCGGUGGCUGCCUUAUAUUCGGGACGCAGGCCGACCUUCUUCGCGUGUGGAUGUUUUGGCGCCAUCCUGCAGCGACACCCGCCAUCCCGAAGGGCACGGAAAGCACCCAGUCAAUGGUCUCCAAACAGUAUGGGUCCUGA